AUGUUGGCCCUUCGACAUGUUUGGAUCAUCGUUACUGAUGUUGCCAAUUCACUCUUCGGUUCGCCCUUCUUUCGGGACGGACCUCAACACCACCUAGGAGCCAAGUUUAGCUGGUCUCACAUCGGCCUAGAGACCGCUGGACAUGGCAGUCCUGUCUUCACGCCUCCCGGCAGCAACAUUGACAAAUUUGUCUGCGACUACAGCCAUAUGAAAGGCUUCAAGGCAUGUGGCACUGCAGAUGACCGGAAAUGUUGGCUUCGCAAUCCGGAUACUGGAGAAGAGUACAACAUCACAACCGAUUAUGAGAACAAGGUGCCACAAGGCAUCACCCGUGUUUACUACCUCAACGUUACAGAUGGAUCCAUCAAUGCCAACGGCCAGGAAUUCACCGAAGCGAAGUUAUUCAACAACUCUUGGCCUGGGCCUCUCAUUGAAGCUUGCUGGGGUGAUACCGUGGAAAUUCACGUUCAGAACUUCCUCGUCAACAACGGAACCAGCAUUCACUGGCAUGGUAUCAGGCAGAAUCAAACGAUGCACAUGGACGGUGUCAACGGCAUCACACAAUGCCCCAUCGCCCCGCAGUCCAGCUUUGUUUACCGGUGGAAUGCCACACAGUACGGCACUUCAUGGUAUCACAGCCAUUACUCAGUUCAGUACGCCGACGGAGUGCAAGCUCCCAUUACCAUUCACGGGCCAACAUCAUUCCCGUAUGACGAGGCUAUCGAGCCAAUCUCGGUGACUGAUUGGGCGAACAAUAGCGCAUUUGAAAACUUGUAUGUACCUGCAACGGGUCAAGACAUCCUGCUGGGUGGCAAAGGGAACAUCAAUCGAUUCACUGGAGGUAUUGAAAACACCACAGAGAUCCCCCGUGGUUACGAGAUUUGGUUCGAUGACAUCGAUCCCAACCCUGUUACGAGAGCAAAGCGGUAUCUCCUACGCCUUGUCAACACCGCAUUUCAAUCCACGUUUAUCUUCUCCAUCGACAACCACAAUUUUACCGUUGUUGAGGCAGACUUUGUCCCCGUUGAGCCAUUUAACGCUACUUCUAUUCUCAUCGCCAUCGGACAGAGGUAUCACAUUAUCGUCGAGGCAAAGCCGGUUGUCAAUAGCUCGAACCCCGAUGCUAAUCCUUUACCGGAGGAUGGUAAUUUCUGGAUUCGCACCCAGGUGCCACUGCAAGAAGGCACGAACCGGACAUCAGAAGGCAACGCCACUGUGGACGUGAACAACUACAUGAAGACCGGUAUCCUGCGUUACGACAGUUCCAGUACAGCAGACCCCACUACCACGGGUUGGAACAUCAGUCUCGUUGUCUCAGAUACUGAGUUCAACGACAAGCUUGUACCCACUGUUCCCUGGACGGUUGGGCCCCCCUCAAACGGCAAAAUCGGGGAAGAAUUCAAUAUCGCGGACCUGAGCAACGCAGCAAACCAAAACGGUCCAUACGCGACAGCGUUUUUCUCUUUCGAGCGACCGGACAGCAAGGACGUUCGACCUUUCCAGACCACCUAUGGCAAUCCUACCUUCUUGAACCUCGACAAUGUUGGCGAUGAGUGGCCGACAGGAUGGGUUAUCGUGCCGGAGAACUAUACCGCUGAUGACUGGGUAUAUCUGGUUCUUAACUCCGAUAACAACGACAAGACCCACCCAACAUAUGGUCCUCAUCCAAUCCAUCUCCACGGCCAUGAUUUUGCCAUCGUCGAGCAGGCGGAUGACAAGUUAUGGAACCCCAAAGACUUCAACCUCGAGAAGAUUAAAAGGAACAAUCCCCCCCGCCGUGACGUGGUACUGCUUCCCAAUAGCGGCUACGCUGUCAUUGCCUUCAAGUCAGAUAAUCCCGGCGUGUGGUUAAUGCACUGCCACAUUGCUCGCCACGCCUCUGCGGGCCUGUCUCUACAAAUAAUGGAACGACAGGCCGACGCCAACCUCAUUUGGCCCGCCGGGAACUCUCAGGCUCUUGAUAAUGCCCACAGUCUCUGUGCAAGCUGGAAUACUUGGGCGUAUGACUGCAAGAACUACUGGCCUGGCAACCAGGGUACUGAUGACAGUCCGGACUACCCCGCCUGCGCCGACGCCACGAAUCUGCAAAACGAUUCUGGAGUUUGA